GGGCCAUGGUGGGCAGAGGUUGGGAAGAUGGCGUGGCGAGGCUGGACACAGAGAGGCUGGGGUUGUGGCCAUGCGUGGGCUCUGCCGGUGGGCGGCCGCAGCUGCGAGGACCUCACUGCGGCCUUGGCCUCGCCGCGGCUGCUUGGACGCAGGUUUAACUUUUUUAUUCAGCAAAAAUGUGGAUUCAGAAAAGCACCCAGGAAGGCUGAACCUCGAAGAUCAGACACAGGGACAAGUGGUGAAGCAUACAAGAGAAGUGCUUUGAUUCCUCCUGUAGAAGAAACAGUCUUUUAUCCUUCUCCCUAUCCCAUAAGGACUCUUGUAAAGCCUUUCUUCUUUACUGUUGGGUUUACAGGCUGUGCAUUUGGAUCAGCUGCUAUUUGGCAAUAUGAAUCACUUAAAUCCAGGGUCCAGAGCUAUUUUGAUGGUAUAAAAGCUGAUUGGUUGGAUAGCAUAAGAUCACAAAAGGAAGGAGACUUCAGAAAGGAGAUUAACAAGUGGUGGAAUAACCUAAGUGAUGGCCAGCGGACUGUGACAGGUAUUAUAGCUGCGAAUGUCUUUGUAUUCUGUUUAUGGAGAAUCCCUUCUCUACAGCGAACAAUGAUCAAAUAUUUCACAUCCAAUCCAGCCUCAAAGGUCCUUUGUUCUCCAAUGUUGCUGUCAACAUUUAGUCAUUUCUCUUUGUUUCACAUGGCUGCAAACAUGUAUGUUCUGUGGAGCUUCUCCUCCAGCAUAGUGAAUAUUCUGGGUCAAGAACAGUUCAUGGCCGUGUAUUUAUCUGCAGGUGUCGUGUUCACCCUACCAUAAAGAACAGCAGGCCAAAUGUAACAUGGGAAUAAUGCCAACUCUCAGAGUUGCCUUCAGAUCCAGAGGGCUUGGAACCAGCUUGUAUGGAGGCUCUAAAUCUGGCACUUAUACUCCUGAAUUGAUAAGAAAGUACCAUCUAAUUGAAUGGAAACUAUAGUGAGGUGUAACCUUUCAUAACCUGUAGUAAGGUAUGGGAUCAAGGAUAGCACUUCCCUGUGAAAACUCAUUUCAUCAUCAGCGGCAAGCCGUGUGAAAUCAGUGAAAGGAGUAGGCUACAAACUAGAAGAGUGAAGCCCGCUACCAUGAUGUGUACUUAAUUCACUGUGACUGAUGGAAUGUUUGUAGGGACAUGGUCUGCCAAGCAUGGAACCAAAUGA